GGAGCGGCAUCACCUCCGAGCAACCCUGCUCCCCAUCCCCGACCCUCGGGGGGACCAUGCCACAGCUGCCCAUCUGACCUUGGAGGGGCCGGCCUGGAGGGCGGAGGUCAAAGGUCAGGGCUCCAGGGCCAUGGUGGGGCUGAAGCCCCCCUCCGCGGCCCCCACCCCCGGGGUCAAGUUCCUCGGGGCCGGGGCGGCCGCCUGCAUCGCCGAUCUGGUCACCUUCCCCCUGGACACCGCCAAAGUCCGGCUGCAGAUUCAAGGUGAAGCUCAGGUAGCCAGUGCCAUCAGGUACAAAGGAGUCCUGGGCACCAUUGUCACAUUGGUGAAGACAGAAGGGCCGCGGAGUCUCUACAGUGGAUUGAUAGCUGGGCUGCAGAGGCAAAUGAGCUUUGCCUCCAUUAGGAUCGGUCUAUAUGACACUGCCAAACAAUUCUACACCAAUGGGAAAGAAACGGCUGGGAUAGGAAGCAGGAUCCUGGCUGGCUGUACCACGGGAGGGAUGGCAGUGGUGAUAGCCCAGCCCACUGAUGUUGUGAAAGUCAGAUUUCAAGCCCAAAGCAACCUGCACGGAGCCAAACCCCGGUACAGCGGGACUUUACAGGCCUACAAAUCCAUAGCUGCCGAAGAGGGGGUGAGAGGUCUUUGGAAAGGGACUUUACCCAAUGUAACAAGAAAUGCUAUUGUAAAUUGCACGGAGCUAGUAACAUACGACAUAAUAAAGGAGACUAUUUUGAAACACAACCUACUUACAGAUAACCUGCCCUGCCACUUUUUGUCUGCUUCUGGGGCUGGAUUUUGCACUACAGUUGUAGCCUCUCCGGUGGAUGUGGUGAAGACCAGAUAUAUGAACUCACCACCAGGACAAUACCUAAGCGCCUUGAACUGUGCAUGGACCAUGCUCACUAGAGAAGGACCAACAGCAUUUUACAAAGGAUGUGUUCCUUCCUUCUUACGGCUGGGAUCCUGGAAUAUUGUUAUGUUCGUGUCCUAUGAACAACUGAAAAGAGCAAUGAUGAAGGCAAGACCAACCAUUGACUGUGCUGCAUAAUUCUCUUCAUGUAAGAUAUUGCAGCAGGAGACUGUAGAACAAAGAAGGCCAUCCACAUUUUGCCAUCAGAAAGAGAUGAAAGUCAAUAUGAUAGCUUAAACAAGAUGAGAAAUUUUCUAAGUGCAGGACACAAAAAUGAAAGAAAAGAAAAUCAGCCAAUGCCCUAAGAAUUUUAGUUUCAAGAGCUUAAGAAAGAGAGGAGACAAUGCCUCAUGAUUUCCCCUGGCUUAGGAAAUAGCUCAGAGAAGUGCAAUAUUAGCGUAUGAACUCUUCAGAAUUUUUUGUUGGGAGUAAAGAAUGAGAAGCACUUUACCUAGCACACUUUUAAUUAAAGGCACUUAAAUACUGAUAUGUUUCGAGAGAUUUUUUAAACCUGAAAAUCAGAGGAAAAACAUUUGAUAAUAAAGUCAGUUUUGUAUACAAUAGUAAUUGUCAGUCAAUAAAGUUUUCCAAUAUUGCUUUAUGCCCA